GCUCAAAAUCGAGUCCUCGGAGGGUGUGACGUCCGAAGCCUUAUCUGAUAGUGGGCUAAUCGCACCCGCAGCACCUCACCUAUCUCCACUACAUCGUCCUACAACGCCGGAAGAUCACAACCAUCCCAUUCUUUGACGCAUAAACAGCACCUUCUACAUCGAUCAUCGCGUCGGUCUUCAUCGGCGAGUUGAGCCGAAGGAGGAUCAUGUCACCAUUUUACAGUAGCGCGAGUAGACAGUGGCGCAAUUGGAUACGCUGCAUCAAAUGAUAGCUCCAUGUAUUGAUAUAUACCCAUGUCUCACCUGCCGCACUCCCAAGAUCCCUUCCCAUAAGGCUAGUGUGUGUCCUUCGUCUGUCGCCACAAGAGCUUGUUCUGACUGCAAAGCUUGGCGUUUACAAUAUGGCACCCAUCUCGGAUGAUUUUGUCGGCUUGGGAACGAGUACUGUCGAGAACAAAGGCAUAGUGGCUCCGACUGGCCAUGUUGCCCUGAACGAAAAGGACAUCAAGCAACUCGAGACAACCAUCAACGCCAACAGCAUUGGCGAAGAUGUCGACCUCAAGACGGCUGGCAUAACGUCUGUAAAGACGGACCUGAGCAAUGGCAGCAGCGGCGAGCCCGACGAAGAGGAUUCUUCUGGGCGCAUCAUUGUCACAGCCGCCGAUGCGACGAAAUACUUGCUACCCAUGCGCGAUGACGGCGAUCCAGCAUUGUCCUUUCGCGGGAUCUUUCUGGCUACGUGUUUAGCUGCCUUCCAGGCGGUCAUGAGUCAAAUCUAUUUUUACAAACCAACUAUGAUUAGCUUGCAAGGGACAUUCAUCGUGCUGAUUGCUUACUUUGCCGGCAAUGCCUGGGCUCGUCUACUGCCACGCGCUGACCAUUACGAAGCAAAGCUCAGACAACAGGGUCGUUUCGACAAUGCUUCCUCUUCCGCACGGACUUGGUUGAGAUUCCUCCGCUUGAUCAAUCCAGGUCCAUGGGGUCUUAAGGAGCAUGCGAUUUGUGCAAUCACGGCAAACUCGGCAUCCAAUGCCAUCUCCGCGAGUCAAGCGUUUGCCGCACAAUCCCUGUUUUACGAUCUGCCUCUGAGACCAGCCACCGUGAUCCUCAGCGUCAUAUCCAUCGGCAUGUUCGGAUACGGGCUCUGCGGUCUGUUCCGUCCGAUAACAGUAUGGCAUAUCGAAGCUGUCUACUGGUCCAAUCUGCCUACGGUCAAGGCGCUCCAGGGCCUCCAUUGGCAAGAUGUAAAGGAUUCCAAGCCGAUGCGCUAUUUCUGGUAUGCGUUCGGUAGCAUGUUCUGCUACGAGUUCCUCCCGGCGUACAUCUGGCCAUGGCUCAACUCGGUCUCCGUUCCGUGCCUGGCUUCCAUGAAUGCGCAAGGCGCCACUGCGAAGACUUUGACGAUGCUUUUCGGUGGUGCAACGAACAACGAAGGGCUCGGCAUGUUUUCAUUGACCUUUGAUUGGCAAUAUAUUACGUCCUUUCAAACUUCACUCCCGCUUAAAUUCCAAUGGCACCAAGCUGUCGGUCUUGUAGUAUGCAUGGCAGCAAUGCUCAUCAUCUACUAUGGUAACAUCUGGAAUGCUCAAUCGCAGCCAUUCAUGUCCACACAGCUCCGCACACAAGCGGGUGGACGAUAUCCGAGCGCGAAAGUAUUUGUUAAUGGAAUCCUUGAUCAUGAGGCAUUGGCCAAAUAUGGUCUGCCUGCUCUCUCUGGAACUUUCACCUGGUCCCUGUUCAUGGCCAAUGCUGCUAUUGGCGCCUUGAUCGUUCAUUGCUUCCUCUUCUGGGGCAAGGACAUCCUGGACGCCUUCCGCAGCGCUCGAAAGGGUCGCUAUGAUGAUCGUCAUCACGAAUACAUGUCACGCAAGUACAAGGAGGUUCCACAGUGGUGGUAUGCUCUUGUGCUGGUGCUCAGCUUCGUGUUGGGGCUCGUCGUCGUCCUCAAAGAGAACAUCACCUUGACGCCCUGGGCAUACGUUGUAGCGUUGAUUCUGGGAUCGAUAAUUGCGCCUUUUAGCUCCAUCCUCUACUCUCGAUUUGGAAACGGCAUUGCUACGAACAAUCUUUCCAAAAUGAUGGCAGGACUCCUCGUUCCUGAACGACCAAUAGGAAACAUGUACUUUUCUGCUUGGUCACACACAGUGGUCAGCAAUUGCAUCAACCUGAGUGCCGAUCUUAAGAUGGGCGAGUAUCUCAAGAUCCCUCCGCGCACCAUGUUCCUCACCCAAGUAUGGGGCACCAUCUUCGGAGGUUUCAUCAAUUACGCCGUUAUGGUCUCCAUCAUCACCGCCAACGCGGAGCUCCUCCGAGAUACCAACGGCAACAGCUCUUGGAGCGGUGCCAACAUUCAAGCCUUCAAUACCAACGCCACCGCCUGGGCAUUGGCCCGCUACCUCUACCAGAUCGGCAAACCAUAUCAAAUGGUUCCUUUUGGUCUCCUAGUCGGCGGCGGCCUCGUAUUCAUUCACUGGGUGAUCUCCAAGUUCUACCCCCGCCUCCGCCUGUCCCGCACCAAAUCCCUCUCCCUUUCCGAAAUCAACAUCCCCACCUUCCUGCAAUUCGCCGGCUACAUCCCCUACAACGCCAGCCAGACCUGCAUCCUCCUCUCUUCCGUGAUCGCAGGCUUCUUCGUACAGUCCUUCCUCCGCAACAAGAAGCCGCGGAUCUUCAAGGACUACUCAUACUUGGUCACGGCGGCCUGGGACGGCGCGGCGUUGACGGCGUUGUUCAUCCUUUCGUUCGCGGUGUUCGGCGCGGGUGGGCCGAGUGUGCCGUUUCCGACGUGGUGGGGGAACUAUGGCGCGGUGGGGAACUAUGAUUUAUGUCCUGUGCCGGAGUAGGAGGUCUUCUUUUUGUCUUUGGUGAGGGAGGGACGGUGGGUCCACUUGGACGGUGCGGAGUAUACAAAUACUGAAGAACAUGUUUUGGAAAUUGCCCGAAGAAAUUCGAAGGCUUGAUAGCAGUGAUCGUC